AUGACUACCUUCUCGUUAGCCCUUCCGAUUCUGUCGAUCUCUGACUCGAAGUUGUUGGUGGACGAAGGUUCGUCACCGAUUCUCGCAAAGGCUCAAGACAUCGAGUCGAUCUCCAGCUGUGCAACGCCGUCGCCGUCGACAGACGAUCAUGCAUCGCUUAGCACCGCGAAGACCGUUGUUCGCGGCCAGCGAUCACCAACUUUUUCUGCGGCUCGUUUUUCGAUGACGAAGGUCGUCGAAUGGUCGAAGAUCAUCAAGCUGCACUUCCCAAUCGUGACGAAGAAGAUGGCAACGCGGCACGGCAUCUCUGAGUACAAAAACCCGAUCUACGAAGCAGAGAGUCCAGAUGAACUGGCGAUCGUGUAUGCGGCCGCUGCCUAUGGCUUUCGCCUGAUGAAGCGGGGACCACGUGAGGUGUUUGUCGAACUGCCCAACAGGCGAGUGCUGCGCUACGAAAUCGCGCACGUGCUACCUUUCGACUCUGUGCGCAAGCGGAUGUCGGUGAUCCUGCGCAACCCGUUCACAAACGAAUAUGUUCUCUACUGUAAGGGCGCAGACUCGGCGAUCAUGGAGCUUCUGGCGCCGUCCACGACCACCGCCGACUCUGACAGCUCCGAUGAUGUUCACGUUCACAACACUGAGCAAUGUCUGAAUUUGUACGCCAGCUAUGGCUUGAGGACGCUCUGCAUUGACUUGCCUGCCGACGUUUACAACGCGUGGCUCGAUAAACAUCAGGAGGCAGAGAUGUCCCUCGAUAAUCAUGACCAGUUGCUACACGAGUCAUCGGUGAGCAUCGAACAACACUUGCAGCUACUUGGAGUGACCGGUGUCGAAGACCGCUUACAGCAAGGAGUUCCCGAAUGUAUCUCUUCCCUGCGACAAGCUGCUAUCAAAGUCUGGGUAUUGACUGGCGAUAAGAUCGAGACGGCCGUCAAUGUGUCAUACGGCUGCAAAUUGUUCUCGUCUGAUAUGGACCUCAUUCAAAUCAGCGUCGGAAACUAUGUACGUGUUUUCUUCUCCAUUGUUUCCCUUCAUAAUCAUAAUCUUUUUUCUGUGCACAUGACAUUUGGAAGAAACGCUGUUUUAUGUUGCAGAAUCACGCCCUUGCAAAAGGCGAGCAUUGUAAAAAUGGUGAAGUCAAAGUUACAUGUAAUAACGCUGGCAAUCGGUGAUGGCGCCAACGACGUUCCGAUGAUACAGUGCGCGGACGUGGGCAUCGGCAUUUCUGGCCAGGAAGGCAUGCAAGCUGUGAUGGCCAGCGAUUAUGCGAUGCCACGCUUCAAGUACCUUAAGCGUCUUCUAUUGGUGCAUGGCCAUUGGUGCUACGACCGACUAGCAAGAGUGAUUCUGUACUUCUUUUAUAAGAACGCCGUCCUCAACUUCGUCAUCCUCUGGUUCCAGUUUUUCUGCGGCUUUAGCGCACAGGUGAUGAUCGAUCCGACCUACCUCCAGUUGUACAAUUUAGCUUUCACGUCAUUACCACCAAUUGUCUUCGCGUUGCUCGAUCAGGACGUGAGCGACACCGAAUUGAUGCGUGAUCCGAAGAUGUAUAGGCAGGGGUCAGAAAAGCUGGUAUGUCGCAGUAAUUGCUACCUUUCUGUAAAUUUUUCUUUAGUUUCACAGUUAAUUAUGAUAUCCGGAAUAUAUGUCAAUUUUGUGAAUGUUUAUUUUAUUUUCACCGUGUACUACCGGAGACGGAGAAUUUAUGUCAUACAUUGGUAUUCAUGCUGA